AUGGAAGAACUUAAAGGGUUGGAGGAAAACAUCUGUACUAAGAGAAGGGAGGAUGUGAGUUGGAAAGCUCCAUCGAGUUCAGUCAUCAAAAUAAAUUUUGAUAGUGCUUUUGAUGGUCGAAGAUUUCGAUCGGUGUCAGGAAUGGUUGCUAGGGAUGCAAGAGGAACAGUGUUGUUCACUCGUACGAGUUUCCAUGAGAAAGUAGUGUCUGCCUUUGCUGCUGAAGCUUUAGCUUGUCAACUCGCGAUGAGUACGGGUUUUGAUAAAGGAUGGAUACGAGUCAUUAUCGAAGGGGAUUCAUUAACAACAGUCAAGAAAUGUAUCGAAGGGGAUUCAUUAACAACAGUCAAGAAAUGUAAGUCUUUGAAACUUGAUAAAUCACAGAUUGGAGUUUUCAUAAGAAAUAUACAACAGAUGAAGAGUAAUUUUCAAGAAAUCAAUUUCAAUCAUGUUCCAAGAUCAACAAAUGAACUCGCUCAUGCUUUGGCAACAAAAAUGCUAAAAGGGGGGAAAUCGGUUUACCUGGAGGGGAAAGCAUUUUCGUUGAUGGAUCCCAGGACAACGAUGGGGAGAUCGAGAGAACCGGAUUGA